GGCGGCCCGGGAGGGAGCGCGAGUGGCGGCGGUGCCGCUGUCCCGUCCCCGGCCGGGCACCGCAAUCCCAGCGCUGUCCCUGUCACCGCGGGGAUGGUGAAUCCCGGCAGUGCCGCUGUCCCCAUGGAGAAGGGGAGUCAGCUGAGGCAACGCUUUGCAAGUUUCGGGAAGGUGGUUUCCUUUUCACUCCAAAGUUGAUUUUGACCAUCCGUGUCACAGACAGCACGGGCGAAGCGUUUCGGGGGGUUGGUUUCUUUUUCACUCCGAAGUUUAUUUUGACGAUCCCUGUCACGGACAGCCCGGGCGAAGCGCCGCGGGCGGGCCGAGGCUGUGCGUGUGCUGGUUUAAUUAAAAACGAAACGCUUGACGCCAAACACUGCAGGAGCUCUAAGUUCUGGGUCAGCUCCGUAAGCUCUUUAAGAGUAAGAGCCUUAAGCACGCCCCGAGUGCCGGGUCUCCGGCCGUUCCCAGGGGAAAAGCCCGGCCCGCCAGGGCAGUGCAGGUGCGGGGAGUGCGGACGCACCUGGGUCCGCAGGCGCGGGGCUCGCUCCGCAGAGCCGCGGUGCCUCCGCCCGGUGCCGCUCAUACGGAGCCUCAGCGGGCAGGGAGAGCCGCUCCGGCAGAGCCGCGGUGCCUCCGCCCGGUGCCGCUCAUACAGAGCCUCAGCGGGCAGGGAGAGCCGCUCCGCAGAGCCGCGGUGCUGCCGCCCGGUGCCGCUCAUACAGAGCCUCAGCGGGCAGGGAGAGCCGCUCCGGCAGAGCCGCGGUGCUGCCGCCCGGUGCCGCUCAUACAGAGCCUCAGUGGGCAGGGAGAGCCGCUCCGGCAGAGCCGCGGUGCCGCCGCCCGGUGCUGCUCACACGGAGCUUCAGCGGGCGGGGGGAGCCGCUCCUGCCGCCCGUGGGAGGAGGGGGUGUCGCAGCCGGCAGCCCCCGCAGCCGCGCCCGGGCUCUGCCCGCUCCUCCGCUCCUGCUCCAGGACCGGGUUUCCCGCGGCCGGGGCGGGCGGCGCCGCCUCCCCGUCCCCGCCUGCCGGACCCGCGGCCGUGGGCAGCGCCGGCGGCGGGAGGGGCGCGUCCUGCACGGCCGGGGCCGCGGCAGAGCGGCGCGCAGCGGGCAGGUGCGGCGGCUGGAGCUGGGGCUGGAGCCGGGGCUGGAGCCGGAGCUGGAGCCCGCAGCUCCGUGCCUCCCGCGCUGCUCUCCGUCAUCAUGAAGGUCGAGUUUGCCCCCAUCAAUGUUCCCCUAAAGAGGAGGAUCCAGACAGUCGCCGUGCUGCAGUGGAUCUUCUCCUUCCUCCUGCUGGCAGAGUUUUGCUGUGGAUUCUUCGUGAUCCUGAUCCUGGGCAACUUCUGGUUCCUUGCUGUUCUGUACCUGCUGUGGCUCUACCUGGACUGGGAAACACCUUGUGCUGGGGGCAGACGGUCCCAGUGGGUCAGAGGCUGGACUGUCUGGAAGUACUUCAGGGAAUACUUUCCCAUUCACCUUAUAAAAACUUCAGAACUGAACCCAAAUCACAACUACUUACUUGGCUUUCACCCUCAUGGGGUCCUGGUAGCUGGAGCCUUUGGAAACUUUUGCACCGAUCCUCCUUUCAAAAAUUUGUUUCCUGGGCUUACUCCAUAUCUUCAUAUCAUGCCCAUCUGGUUUGGCUGUCCCUUCUUCAGAGAAUACAUAAUGAGUGCUGGAAUGGUUUCUGCAUCCAAGGAAAGUGUCUCACAUGUGCUGAGCAAUAAAGGAGGUGGCCAUGCAUCCAUCAUUGUGAUUGGAGGAGCAGAGGAAUCUCUGAAUGCACAUCCUGGAAGUCUGACCUUGAACGUCCUCAAGAGGAAGGGCUUUAUUAAAAUGGCCCUGAAACAUGGGGCUCAUCUGGUCCCAGUGUUUUCCUUUGGUGAAAAUGAACUGUUCAAGCAAGUUGCAAACCCCAAAGGUUCAUGGCUCAGGAAUGUACAGGAGAAGUUACAAAAGAUAAUGGGCUUUGCUUUACCACUAUUUCAUGCUAGAGGAGUGUUCCAAUACAGUUUUGGAUUAAUACCUUACAGGCAACCUAUUCAUACAGUUGUGGGAAGCCCCAUCCCUGUAAAACAGAACUUGAACCCCACCACUGAAGAGAUUGAUGAGCUACAUGCAUUGUAUCUACAGAAACUAAAGAAAUUAUUUGAAGAACACAAAAGCAAUUAUGGCAUCCCUGCACAUAAAUCUCUCAUCUUCGAGUAGCAAAUUACAAUUUGUAAUUCUGAAUCUCAUGCAAAGAAACAGUGUCUGCUGAAAGAUGUCUUUCUUGCAAUCCAUAUUUUGCAAUCUGUAAUUAUCCUUAUGAAGGGAAAACUUUUAAGAAGGGAUUAUUAGAUGAUUUAUUGAUUUUUAUCUUAAUCUUGGGCGGUGGGAUCAUUGGGAUGUAAGCCUCGAAUCCAGUGCUGUUUUGAGUUGUCCUUUUAGGUUCAUGUGUGCCAGAAAUGCAAGUGAGAGACUCCACUCAGAUGUUCUUACCACCAUGGUACCUACCCACAGCUUGAGCACAGGAAGUUGCCACAGCAUGAGAUCAGUAGCAGAAAUAUCAACCCAAGACGUCUUUGAUUAGAGGUUGAUUUACCAGCAAUUAUCAAACAUGACAUCAGGUUGUUCUCUGAACAUCAGAAACCCUGCUGCUCUUCCACAGGAAUGAAGGUGUAUGUUUUCAGCAGCUGACUACUAUAAACCAUUUGCAUGAGAAUUCAAGAAUAAAUAGGAGCCUUCAGCCCUGAAUAGGAUAUUGGCAAAAAUGGUUUGUCCAAGUCAUGGAGCAGAGCAAACCUUCUGUUUGGAGAACAGUGUGUUGAAAUUUUUGUGUGCAUGUGUGUGCUGGGUGUUGGGAAGCACUGAAUGAUGUGACUUUUCUGGACAAUCUGUGCUUUGGAUCAUAAGUUUGGAAGAUGAAGCAGCUUUGGUAGUUUCAGCCUCAGAAGAGAUGGCAGGCACAGGACAGAAGUGAGGGAAUCAUGUUUUAACUGUGCAAGUUAAAAAUGAUCCUAUGUCAAACACUUGCACAGAAGGAAAGGGAGCCUAAUUUGUUCAGUCAGUUCUGAAAUUUCACCAAGAAAAGUGUACUUGAUAAUGCCUUUUUUUUCCCCACUGACAGAUGUGGGGAAGUAUGUGUUAAGCUGAUGCUGCAGAGUGACACAGCUGCAGUGCCAAGGUAGCGUGAGCAUAGGUCUGGGGUGCAGCAGGUUAAGAGGAUGCAUUUUAAAUAAAGCAGGUGCCUGACUUUGAGAAAAGGUUUAUCCUAAAUGUGGAUAUCCAUUACAGAAAAGGAAAAAAUCUUAACCAAACUAUUUUUCAGUGAAAAUGCCUAGGUCUUGGAGAUUACUGUGUAUGUAUGGAAAGAAUUGUAAUAUAUUACUGAAUUUUUAUAAGAAGUUCUUGUAUUCGUACAUGCUUUCUGUCUGCCUACAGACUUUGAAGAUUUGAUGUUAGUGAAGACUUUGCUCUGCUUUAAGCAGUUUUGGUGCCUGAAUAUUACAUCAGUUAGGUGCUCUGACAGGUCAUGCAUGGGCUUGUCAGGCAGCCUGGUCAUCUUCAGUUGGCUCAGUUGAGCACUGAAGUGCUCCAGGAGCAGCAGCACUGGAUAGAUCAUGUAUUUGAUGGGCUGGAGGCUCUUAGAAGAAACACAGCUGGGGCUUUGAGAACAAGGUAGAACUCUGGAAAGAAAAUAUCUCAGCAAGAUGAAGGUGUUUAAAGAAAAGAGUGGAAGUUACUUCUUUGGAAUGAACUCUGGCUGAACCAACGCCCCAAAGCAAAACAAGUACUUGCCAGACAGAGCAGAUUUAUGUUCUCCAAAAAACCCUCCAGCAACAAACUGGUUCCCUUAAGAGGGCUCUUCCCUCUAGUACCUGUUUGUCAUCCGGAUGUAAACAACACUGAGCCAACACUGAGUCGUGCUCUCAUUUUCUCUACAAUGACACAACCAUUCUGGGAGCAGGGCUGGAAUUUGCAGUGAAGAAGCCCCUCUUCCCUGACAGCCUGCUGUUAAUGUGUCCAGAAUUCACCUCUACCUGAGCUUUCUUGGUGCCACAUGUGCUUGCCCUCCCUUCCCACACCUUUACUGAUCACUGUGGUGUGACCUUGCUUCCUCACUUUCUGCCCACCUUUCCCUGGGUUGAGAUCAAUGUUCUUUAUUGCAUGGAAAAUACUGAGUGGUGACUCAUCAUUCAGCAAAAAUGGGGUUUAGGAGCAGGGUUUGAGAAGAGGAAGCACUGUGGCUGUGCAUGUUUGACACCAAUUUAAGAGCAGGACUGUUUCAGCUCUGGAAAGGGCAUGUUUCUAGGGAGGUCAGACAUGGCAGGUUUGUUACCUGGGAAGAGGUCUCAGGGUCCUGAGGAUUGUACAAAGUGAUGAUCCUUGAGCAGUUGCUUUUGCUUAACCAGCUAUGUGAAAUUUCCUUUGGAUGUGACUCUUUAUUGCCUGCCCUAUGAGUAGUGAGGAUUAUUCAUGAAAGAAGAAUUUGGAAUCUAUGUCAGACUGUUCUCUCCUAGAUCAUCUGCUCUAAUGAGAUAUUUCCUCUCAUUCUCAGCCUGUUCUUUUUCCAUUACCUUAAUGAUGCAGAAGAUCAGGCUGUAAAUUUAAAAAUACUAGCAUUAGGUUGAAGAUGGAAAGUAACAAUGUUUUGUUGUGGUUGUUGUUGUUGAUUGAAUUAAUCAAAACUUCUAGGGAAUAUGUGGGUACUGAUUUUGGGCCAAUAUCUGGUCCAAAGGGUACCCUAUAAACAGGCUUUCCUCUAAAUUCUGUGAGGAAAUUAUCUGUGGGCUCUUUGUACCAUCUUUAACUGGCUCAGGUAGGACAAGUAGGGAUUGUGUUGCCAUGGCUACUAAUAUUGUCAUUGCUGCGUAACAAUGGAGAUGGUAAAAAACCCAAAAUCUAAAAAACCCAACAAAAAUAACAAACCAACACAAUCUCCAAACAACUCAAAUAUUCAUUGUUGCUCAGCUACCACUACGUAUUGCUUAUGAUGGUCUUUCCAAACUACCUUUUAUUGACCAAUUGUCUAUUGUACCCAGGACUAUUUCAAAAUAGAACUUCUGUCUCUAAAUAUGAUAGACACGAUGUCAUCUAAAAUAUUUACCUCUGUGUUAGUGUGUGGAUCUGUAAAGCAGCCCUGCAAUCCUGAGCCUAAAGGCCAGAGCCCUGGCAGCCACAGACCCGUUCUGGCUACCACAGGCACCAAUCCCAGCACUGCUGCAGGCACAAGAGCAAGAGUCUUCGGUGGGAAUUCAUGCUGGACAAAGCAAGAGCAAGGAGCUGGCAGGAAUGGUGACACAGCCUCCCCCAGCUGCAGCUGGAAGAGCUGGGCAGCACUCACAUUCCUGGGGGGAUGCCACACUGCCUGGGGCCUGCUUUGUGGGGUUCUCUUUGUGCCUUUUAAUGCCACAGGUAAUCCCAGGGAAGGCAGCCAUCCAUCAGCAGGAGAAGCUGUGCCUCUAAGCCCUGCCAGCACUGCCUCCCUGGCUCAGGAUGAAGCUCCUGCCUGUUCCCUCGUGUGUGAGUGAACACCUCUGUGCCAAAUUCCUGACAGAAAGUCAAUCCUCGAGUAUUUUUACUUUGUGAACUACACAGCAGAGUUUACACUUUAUAACUUUUUACGGUACCUGUAAAAUAUGAAUGUCAGUUGUUUCAAUGAUAGCUGUGGCAAGGAGGUGUGAGAUAAUAAAGGUUUGUACCAAAGUGGGCUUGUGCUGACUGGAAUUCAGAUACUGGAAUUUACUCCUGUUAGGUGAGGGUCCUGGCUGAACU